CAGCAGUGCACCCAGCGCCUAGAGGUUAACGCCCUAGUCACGCCCUUCGCACAAGGCGUGGGCGGAGCUUCUGGCGGAAGGGCAAGGAAGGAGGUGACGCGAAAAGCAGGCGCUGGUGUCGCGUUGCCGCUGGGAGGAAGCUCGGCCGCCUCGCCGGCCGAAAGCAGGCCGGAGCCCCGGUGGCUGGCCUGGCUUCCCCCGGGCGUGGGCGUGGGCGUGGGCGUGGGCGAGGGCGAAGCAGCGGUCCCGCAGCGUCCGUCCAGGCAGAAGCUUAGGUGCCGGGAGCAAAGAACGUAGGUACAUCCAGUUCUCAUUAUGCAUCAGAAAAAUGAAAAAACAGAAGAAAAUUCUAUGGAAGAAAGGAAUUCACUUAGCCUUUUCUGAGAAGUGGAAUGCUGGGUUUGGAAGCUUUAAGAAGUUCUACUUUCCCCAAAACUUGUGCUUUCUGAAAGCUAAGCUGGGAAGGCCAGUUGCUUGGCAUCGGCAGGUGAAGCCUUUCCAGUGUAAUAAGGGCCUUCACAUCCAGAAAACAUGGAUUCAGGAUGUACCGCUUUGUUCAAAGACAAAGUCUGGACUGGCUACUCAAAAUGUUAGUACUUUGUACGCCAAAGUGAAAAGAAAGGACAGUAAGCACUUCAUUUCCUCCUCAAGGAGUCUCCUGAAACUCCAAGCAGAUAAAUUACUGUCUUCAGCAAAGAGCUUGGACCAUAAAUACUGCAGAGAGAAAAGCCUUCUGAAGGCAGCUCCUGGCUUGUCAGCAAACACUGUUUUAGGUAGAGCCAAUGGUCACAAACCUAGCACAGACCCACAAGCUUCAGACUUUCCCAUGAAGUUCAGUGGGGAGAGCCAAAGUCCAGGUGACAGUGGCAAGACUGUGGUCUUGAACAAACAUAGAAAGCGAGUUUGUCAUGGCUGCUACCAAGGGCUAGAGCACCACAGGAACAGGAGACCCCUGAUUCCAAAACAGUUCCAGCUUAGCCAACACCGAAGAGUCAGAGUGGCUCUGAUGAUGUAUGAGAAACUGUCCAUGGUUAGAUUCCGGUAUAGGAUUUUCAGAUCCCAGCACUUCAGAACGAAAAGCAGAGUUUGCAAGCUAAGAAAGGCCCAGCGAAGCUGGGUACAGAAGGUCACUGGGGACCAUCAAGAGAACCUUAGGGAUAAUAACACUGAGGGUGACAAUUGCAGCCCAGUCCCUUCCCUAGAACCUAAAGAUCCUUGUCGGUGUCAGCCAUACUUUCCAGACAUGGACAGCAGUGCUGUGGGGAAGGAAAAAAACUGUCAUGUGCCUGAUGGUCACACUAAAGAAAACCCUGUCUUGGACAAGGAGCAUGGUUUAGAUGACGCAUUCCCUGACCAGCAGAAUGGCUGUGUCGAAUACAACUGGGACCAGUCAUCCUCUUGUCCUAAGUGGGAAUGUACAGAGCAAAUUCCUGAAAUCCCUUUAAUGGAACAUCCUUCUAGUGACAGGUUCUCUCCGGACACUGAAAGAGCACUUAUGGCGCUGGGGCAGGAAAGCGGGACAAGUGCUGUCAGCGAUGACAGAGUGAAACUGCCACUGUCUGGAGCAGACAAAUCUGUGAGUAGUGUAGACGGGCCUGUGUCUGAGGAGCCUGCCCAGAAUGAGAACUUCCAGAUGGAGGAGGAUGGGUCCCUGAAGCAGAGCAUUCUUAGUUCUAAGCUGUUGGACCACCCUUACUGUAAAAGUCCACUGGAUGCUCCCUUGCUGUGCAGUGAGCCCAAAGUAGAAAACCAAAUGUCAGGUGGCAAGAGCAGCCAGACAGCGUCUCCAGUGGAUGAUGAGCAGCUCUCAACCUGCCUUUCUGGAUUCCUAGAUGAGGUUAUGAAAAAGUAUGGAAGUCUGGUUCCACUCAGUGAAAAAGAUGUCCUUGGGAGAUUAAAAGAUGUCUUUAAUGAAGACUUUUCUAAUAGAAAACCAUUUAUCAAUAGGGAAAUAACAAACUACCGGGCCAGACAUCAAAAGUGUAACUUCCGCAUCUUCUACAAUAAGCACAUGCUGGAUAUGGAUGAUCUGGCGACUUUGGACGGUCAGAACUGGUUGAAUGACCAGGUUAUUAAUAUGUAUGGCGAGCUGAUAAUGGAUGCUGUCCCAGACAAGGUCCACUUCUUCAACAGCUUUUUCCAUAGACAGCUGGUAACCAAAGGCUAUAAUGGAGUUAAAAGAUGGACGAAGAAGGUGGACUUGUUUAAAAAGAGUCUUCUGUUGAUUCCCAUCCACCUGGAGGUCCACUGGUCUCUCAUUACUGUGACACUCUCCAGCCGGAUUAUCUCCUUUUAUGAUUCCCAAGGCAUUCAUUUUAAAUUCUGUGUAGAGAAUAUAAGAAAGUAUUUGCUGACUGAAGCCAGAGAAAAAAAUAGACCUGAAUUUCUUCAGGGUUGGCAGACUGCUGUUACAAAGUGUAUUCCACAACAGAAGAAUGACAGUGACUGUGGAGUCUUUGUGCUCCAGUACUGCAAGUGCCUCGCCCUAGAGCAGCCUUUCCAGUUUUCUCAAGAAGACAUGCCUCGUGUGCGGAAGAGGAUCUAUAAGGAGCUGUGUGAGUGCCGGCUCCUGGACUGAGACUCACUCAGCAGGGACUCCAGAAGGCGCCAUGACGGAGCAGAUGGUUUGUUACUUGAACCUCCAGACACUUACUGAUCUUUACAGAUAUUUCAGAUUGGUGGCAAUGGGCCACUUACUGUUACCUCAGAUUUAUUUUUGCCCUUCAUUUCUCCUGCUAUCAUGUACUUUUUUUUUUUAAUGUUCAAUUUAGUUUCA